AUGAUUACCCGGUAUCCGGCUAGCGGAAAGGUCCUACUCGCCGAGACGACGACGCAACCAACCAACAUCGGCCACGGCAACAUGGCGGUUACGGCUAACCUUCGACGUCAGCAACAGCAGCCAUACCAGGAGACAGCGAAACCAGUCAGUAAAAACUCCACCGUCACCGGCGCCGCCGCGGCCACCGCCGCGCGCCUUGCCACGGCAGCCCUCGCCCUCACCGCCGCUAGCGCGGCCACCUACGAGGUGUCUCCUGAUGGCGAUCCCAUGACGCUCGCCGCAGCGCUAGAGGUGGCCGGUGCAGGCGACACCAUAUCUUUGGGGGACGGGAUCUACCGCGAGCCGCUCGUGACCAUGAAAGCCGGUGUGGAGGGCAAUCCGCUCGUGAUCGAGGGUGGCAGAGACGCGGUCGUCAACUACUACACCGGCGAUAAGAGUAUCAUGUGGUCCCAGAAGGUCGUCGAUAUUCGCCACUCGUGGGUCACUCUGCGGGGGUUUACCAUCGACGGUCAGAUAGACGACGCCGAUCACGAAGAUUCGUUCGUGGACAAGUGUAUCUUCGUGGAGGGUCAGGCCGCGCCUGAGGACGUCGAGUACGACGGUCGCACUGUUGAGACCGCCUUGAUUGGCACGGUGAUCGACAGCAUGAAAAUCCAGAACUGCGGGAUGGAGUGCAUCCGCAUGAGGAACUUCGUCACCAACACUGUGAUCAUCGACAACGACAUAGAGGACUGCGGCAUCUACGACUACCGGUACACGUUCGACGGAAAGGUCGGCGAAGCAAUCUACAUCGGAACGUCCAGCAACCAGUGGGCCGAUGGUGCAGACGGGAGGGUGACGAAUGGCCCUGACGGAUGCAACUACAACCUGGUGACCGGGAACAAGCUCGUGCCUCGCGGUAACGAGUGCGUGGACAUCAAGGAAGGCGCAACCAUGAACGUCGUCGAGUACAACGAUUGCGAGGACCAGCGGGACGUGGAGUCAGGGUGCUACGACUCCAGGGGAAACGAGAACACCUUCAGGUACAACACGGCCGAGAAUUGCCUUGGCGGUGGAAUCCGUCUGGGUGGUCACGAAAUCGAUGGCAUUACUUACGGGGUCGACAACCACGUCUAUGGGAACUCGUUCAGAGAGACCGGUGACGGAUCGAUCAAGGCGAGGAGGGACCCCCAGGGGGUCAUCUGCGAAAACUCGUGCGAGGACGGUGACUGCGAUGUCAGCGAGGAAGGGGAUGACGAGGAGAUCGAAGACUCUUGGGACCAGGAGUGCCCGUCAAGCUUACCUUCCGUCCCUUUCAUCGACGACUUGGGCACGCCGACCCUGACUCCCCCCACCCCCACUCCAACGGCCCCCACUCCGACUCCCACCUCGCCGGUGCAGUCCACGACUCCUCUCACCCCCGCUCCAACGAACCCCACUCCGACUCCCACCUCGCCGGCGCUGUCCACGACUCCUCUCACCCCCGCUCCAACGAACCCCACUCCGACUCCCACCUCGCCGGUGCAGUCCACGACUCCUCUCACCCCCGCUCCAGCGAACCCAACUCCGACUCCCACCUCGUCGGUGCUGCCCGGGGCGACCUACCUUGGGUGCUACAUCGAUGUGAAGGACUCUGGUCGGAUCUUCAGCGAGCGCAUCACUGACAGGCACUACAUGACCAAUGAGCGGUGCAUGCAAGAGUGCGAAGGCUCCCCGUACUUCGGGACGCAGUGGGGAAAGGAGUGCUGGUGCCCGUCGAACGGGUCCAUGGAGAUGGUUGACUACGAGCAGCACGGGGAGGCCCCCGAGUCCGAGUGCGACAUGGCGUGCGCCGGCGCCUCAGACCAGACGUGCGGCGGCUACGAUAGGAUGUCUGUCUGGUCCUAUGGGACGACGUCUGUCACCGGCACCGGCUUCACGUGCGACGGGAUCCAGAGGGGUGACUUCUGUUGCUCGGCCGGGUGCGGCGAGUGCGGCGGCGAUGGCUGCAGCAACCGCGGAGAGGGUUUGGACGGAGACGACUGCUGCCAGAGCGACAUCAAGGACAACGGGAACAUGUGCUCCGUCACCGGCAAGGCUCCUUGCAUGAUCGACUAAGAAACUAAGCGUUAACUUCGUGUCUGGCGUCGUUCUGCAACUGCUCUCCCCGCCGUGUCACACGGUGGAACGGCGUUGAUUGUUUGCUCGCGACAAGAGCAUUACGUGGACCUAGAGGAACAGGGUUGUCGCCACAAUACGGCGAGAAGGGGUAGGUAGGGUGGGAGGCAACCGCGCUGUACAUGUUCGGAGAGCAGGAGCGGCUCUGCCUCGCGCGUCAUGGUGAUCGUUGUGAUGGACAACCCCACGCAACCAACAGCUGGUCCGGCACACAUCACCAUUGGCUCUAUGUUUGUUGUUAUCGGGGGGGGGUAGUACAACCAAUGUGAUGGCUGAUGAUUUGUUGGUGACUUUGUUGGUAUUAUUACGCUACUUCUUGCUUCCAAUGUUGACUAGCCAUGUACUCUUCAGCUUGUUGCCGAGUACCAAUCAGAAUAUGGAGCCCCUGUACGCAGCGUAGUAGCCCGUGUGGAGCACCCGGACUUCCGGAUGAAUCGUGUUUCUUGUAAUUAUUAUUUCUGUACCUUGAUUAUGAACUGUUUUGCUCAAUUAUGAUUAUUUUGGUUGACGAUCUGCUUCUGUGGUGAAUUCUAUUGCUUGUUACUGUGAUUUCUCUACAGCUUGACUACGAAUUGUUUCGCUCGAUUAUGAUUUAUUAUGGCUGACGAUCUGCUUCGUGGUGAAUUAUUGCUUGUUACUAUGAUUGUUCUUGCUUGGUAAUGAGUUGUUUGCUCGAUUAUUAUUUAUUUUGGUGGGGUACUUUCGUUAUUGGGAGCCCAUGUGGGCCGUCCCAUGGGACACCAUGGGACACGUGGGACGCCCCAUGGGACCAUGUCUGUUGUUGUUGUUGUUGUUGUUGUUGUUGUUGUUGUCUUCACAUUAAAAACUGUUCCGA